UUCACGGAGUGUCAUUGAGGGGGCGGGGCUUCUUGAUCGGAGAUGAGCUUUAAACAUGAGAGCAUAACCUCAGGGUUGUGUUCCCUAUCAAAACAGUCCGUUUCGACUUGGAAAAGUACCUCAAGUAGCGGGGGUGUAUGAGGAGCAGAAGUACAAAGCUUUCACCUCGAUCAGGUAGCGAAGGAGGUGAAAGUAGGAGUCGAAGAGGGGGGGCUGUGGCUGGAUUUAGUGAAAGAAAACAAUAUGGCCGCGGUGGAGCUGGAAUGGAUCCCCGAGACCCUGUACAACACUGCUAUCUCAGCCGUGGUCGAUAACUAUGGCCGAUCGCGACGGGACAUUCGCUCUCUGCCUGAAAAUAUACAGUUUGAUGUGUACUACAAGCUUUACCAGCAAGGCCGGCUCUGCCAGCUGGGAGGGGAGUUCUGUGAGCUGGAGGUCUUUGCCAAAGUCCUCAGGGCCUCUGAUAAAAGGCACCUCCUACACCACUGCUUCCAGGCUCUGAUGGACCACGGUGUGAAAGUUGCUUCAGUCCUGGCCAACUCCUUCAGCCGUAGAUGUUCAUACAUCGCAGAGUCAGAUGUGCAUGUGAAAGAGAAAGCUAUACAGUUUGGCUUUGUUUUAGGUGGCUUCUUAUCAGAUGCCGGCUGGUAUGGAGAUGCAGAGAAAGUCUUUCUGUCGUGUCUCCAGCUGUGCACACUACACGAUGAGGUUCUACACUGGUAUCGUGCAGUUGAGUGCUGUGUGAGGUUGCUUCAUGUGCGUAAUGGCAACUGCAGAUACCACCUGGGAGAAGAAACCUUCAAGCUGGCUCAGUCUUACAUGGAUAAACUAGCCAAACACGGCCAUCAGGCUAAUAAGGCUGCUCUGUAUGGCGAACUGUGUGCCCUGCUCUUUGCCAAAAGCCACUAUGAUGAGGCAUAUAGGUGGUGUAUAGAGGCUAUGAGGGAGAUCACAGUGGGCUUACCCGUGAAAGUAGUAGUUGAUGUUUUAAGACAAGCCUCCAAGGCUUGUGUUGUUAAGCGAGAGUUUAGGAAAGCUGAACAACUGAUAAAGCAUGCAGUGUUUUUGGCACGGGAACAAUUUGGGCACAAGCACCCAAAAUACUCAGAUACACUACUAGAUUAUGGAUUUUAUCUUUUAAAUGUGGAUAAUAUCUGUCAAUCAGUGGCCAUUUACCAGACUGCACUCGAUAUUCGGCAGUCAGUGUUUGGAGGAAAGAAUAUCCAUGUUGCCACGGCACAUGAGGACCUGGCUUACUCUUCCUAUGUACAUCAGUACAGCUCUGGUAAAUUCGACAACGCACUAUUCCAUGCAGAACGUGCCAUAGACAUCAUAACUCAUAUACUCCCUGAAGACCAUCUGCUGCUGGCCUCGUCCAAGAGGGUGAAAGCCCUGAUCCUGGAGGAGAUCGCCAUCGACUGCCAUAACAAAGAAACGGAGGAACGCCUCCUGCAGGAGGCCCAUGAUCUGCACCUCUCCUCCCUCCAAUUGGCCAAAAAAGCCUUCGGAGAGUUCAAUGUUCAGACGGCUAAACAUUACGGCAACCUGGGCCGCCUCUACCAAUCCAUGCGCAAAUUCAAGGAGGCAGAGGAGAUGCACAUCAAGGCCAUUCAGAUCAAGGAGCAGCUGUUGGGGCAAGAGGACUAUGAGGUGGCUCUGUCAGUGGGACACUUGGCCUCACUCUACAACUACGACAUGAAUCAGUAUGAUGAUGCCGAGCGCCUCUACUUGCGCUCCAUCGCCAUUGGCAAGAAGCUGUUCGGGGAGGGUUACAGUGGACUGGAAUAUGACUACAGGGGCCUCAUAAAACUGUACAACUCAGUUGGAAACUACGAGAAGGUCUUUGAGUACCACAAUAUUCUGUCCAACUGGAACCGUUUAAGAGACAGGCAGUUUGCCGUAGCUGACGCGCUGGAGGAUGUCAACACGAGCCCCCAGGCCACAGAGCAGGUGGUGCAGUCUUUCUUGUUGUCUCAGAGCCACGGAGCAGGACGCUCCUGCUUGGGCUAAUGGCCGGGAUGCCCACCGUUCAACUCGUAUAGAUGUGCACACCCACCCCCAUUAUCACACACAUUCACACCGAUGUAUUCACAUGUAGUCAAGAAAGGCGGGGAGUGUAUUUGUUAUCUUGAGCUUUUCAAAUUCGGACUGGACUGUCAGUUCACUCGUACCAGCAGCUCCCCUCGCCCUGUUCAUAUUCAUUAUAAUGGGAGAAAAACCAUGGCAUCUUUCCACUCAUACGAUGGAUAAGUAACCAUUUGUCGAAUUUGAGUCAUGUCGAAGAAGCCGACCAUUUCUCAGACGGCUGAAGACCUAAGAAAAAUAGAGCAGUCCAACAUAGAGCUUUGCUCACGGAAAUGCCCUUUGAUUUUGUGUCACCAUGUUUUUGAUUAUUGUAAUUUUAUUUACAUUUAUUUUGUAUCUGAAGGAGAGGUGCUCCACACUACAGGAAUAGUUUGUUUUAUUACUGCAUCGUCUGUUCGUGGAGAAUUGCUAAGUACAGCAACCACUGAAUCAGAUUUGAUGGAAAAUGUAAAUGAGUGAAGGAACAUCCAUAAACAUGCUUGUCCCCAUUAACACGAGGAUUAGAGCUUGACUUCAUGUAUUGCAAAGCUUUGCAUUGAGGAUUACUUGUGUGCUCUCUGGAAAAUGAGACUAGCCAUGUUACAUUGUGGACCAUUAUGUAAUUGUUUUUUGCUUUUCUUAUUAAUUCAUUCAUUCAUUUGUGUGGAAUCUACAGUAUGGACCAGUGGGUUUACAAUUGCUCUAGAUACCUUGUUUUAAGUUCUAUUCUGGUUUUGCAUUCCCUUAGUACAGACAUAGCUUAUUUUAAACUGCCAAUAAUUGAUAUGCAAGGUAUGCUACGACUUGUUGGUGUAACAUUGAGCCAAAACGACUUCUGUUAAUAAUACGUUUGAGAUCACAGCUAACUUCUUUUGCCAUAACAAGUGCACAGAGUGGGCGACAGGUUUGUGAAGUUGGCUUUCUCGCUGUGUGGAGCCUUAUAACACAACACGCAUUCACAUAAGCACAAUAAGCUGGAGUGGUGGUAGUUACGGAACAAGGUUUCCUAAGUCGUUGUCAUUAUCCUUUCAGAGCUCAGCCCUGGGUGGUGUUGAUUAACACCUCUGGCCCACUGCCAGCUGACUGGACACACAGAGGAAAGGGCUGAGCACAGCACCUGUCUUUGUGAAGAGGCACCACUGCAGGGGAACCAAUAGUCAGUGGGUGUAGUGUGCAAAUCAAUGUUCUUUUGUAGUGGCGGUGCUUCUGAGAGUGCAAUAUUACGUUGAGAAUGAAAUGGACGAUAUUUGCUAAAUGCCCCUGUACCACUGUUCUCCAAAUCCACUCCAGAUCCAUUUCACUGUCUUUCUCCUAAAAGCUCCUCUCUCAAAUAAAAAUGUUUUAAAUUAAGACACUGGAGUCACAUCUAGGCCUCUAGAGUUUGUGAUUUUGUUGUCAUGCCAUCAAAAAAAGAAUGCUUUAUGUCAUAGUUGACACAACCGCUCAUUAAAUUGCCAUCACAUUAUUUUACCUCAUAAAGAUCUCAUUGUUUUUGCAUCUACAAAAACAGAGCCUUGCUGCAGGUUAGGCACUAUUGAGACCCUUAAUUUAUAAUGUGCUGUUAAAGGGAUAGUUCACCCAAAAAUGAAAAUUCUCUCAUCAUUUACUCCUCCUAAUGCCAUCGAAGAUGUGUAUGACUUUCUUUCUUCUGCAGAAACAAAUGAAGAUUUUUAGACGAAUAUCUCAGCUCUGUUGGUCCAUACAUUGCAAGUGAAUGGUGACCAUAACUUUCAAGCUCCAAAAAUCACAUAAAGGCCACGUAAAACUAAUCCAUGACUCCAGUGGUUAAAUCCAUAUCUUCAGAAGCAAUAUAAGUGUGAGUGAGAAAAAGAUUAAUAUUUAUAUACUUUUUUACAAUAAAUCUCCACUUUCACCUUCAAAAUGUGAACAAAUUUGAAAGUGGAGAUUAUGGUAAAAAGGACUUAAAUAUUAAGUCCCCCCCACCAUUUUAAUUUUUGGGUGAACUAUCCCUUUAUAUGUCCUGCAGCUUUGAGUAAUGCACGCAUUGCCCCCAACCAUGGCAGCAGCUGAGGUCCCAGCCUUAGUCUUAAAGGGCUCUCAGCUGGUGAGGAUCUACCUUGUCAAGUAGCUUGCAUUGACUGAACCUCCACUUGCAGCAUUUCAAAAAUUGCACUGUUUCAGCUAGCCCCAUUUGAACUAUUUAACCGAAGAACUGAUCACCCAUAAAAGGGACUUUACACUUCGGUCACCUUCACUUUAGCAGAUCCCUUUAUUGUCACAUGUAUAGAGGUUUGAUUUCAAAGAAUCAGAUGUCUUUGAUGUUCUCAAUACCAUAUUAGAGGCAUAGGGAAUGGAUUUAUAUGAAGGAGAGGAAUUUGCCUUGUUUAGAGAGAGAAAGAUGGAGUAAUUGAAUAUUGUAACAAAUAAACUGUGGUCUUGAAAACUUUGUAAGUGCAUUUCCGUUGACUAUUUGCAGUAAAUGGACUGAAUUAGAAGACUUGUCAAAUCAGAAGUUUUAGGUGAGUUUAGGAGCCUCUGAACUAUGAACAUCAGCUGUGAAAAUACUGCACAGGGAAGCGUUGUGGAUACUGAACGAAUUUACAACAUAGCUGUGAUUGCUUUCAUCUGAAUUUUGAUUAAGGGCUCAUUUGUCAACCCCAAGGGGCAUUUUGUGGUUAGAAACAUAAAUUAGUGUGACAUUGAAGAGCUGUCAAUAUUUUGAGACUGAUGAUGAUCAGAAUAGGCCACAAUCCCCUGAAACAAAGGUGCUUUUGGGUCAAACAUUCUCUCUUAGUGCAUGUUUAAGUAAUUACGUGUAAAUAGAUGUAGAUGCAUAGCUACAAGUGGUUAAUGUCUUGGUGAGCUCCACAGAAAAAAUACAUGAUUUGUUACUCAGAGCAGUAAAUAAAUACCCCAGGAAUGGAUAUUCAUAAUAAUGUGAACUUUGCAUUUCCAAAGUGUUCAAUUGAUCGUGGAAAUUAAUACUAGCAUCCUCUAACAAUAAAGGCAAUCCUAAUGGGAAGAGAAUCAGUGUGCUACAUAACAAAAAAUGUUGGCAUGGUUAUAAACCGUAUAUACUUUUAAAGUGAAAGCUGUUGAACUUGGGCUUUCACUACAACCCUGCGCUUUCCUUCAAAGUCUGACCUCAGAUUUGGAGAAUGUAAUCACGUGUUGAAAAAGGGAUUGCUUACUGUGCAGAAUGCUCACUGCAUAAAUACAGCGUUCAUCACCUUGCUAAAUGAUAAAGAGGGUCUUAUUUUUUAAGAAUGCUGAUUAUCUUAAAGUUGCACUCAGUCAUUUUUUCUUAUUUAAAAAGUUUUACUUUUAAAGAAAUUGAUAGUACUUUUGAAACGUAUGUAUAAAAUCAUGAGCACUCCCAUGAGAUGAAGACUCAAGUCAUUUCAGUAACCUUAUAAAAGCUGUUUUAUUCUAUAUGGAGAGGGUCCGCACAUGGGGGCUGCCAUGUUUGAAUCACAUGACCAGCCGAAUACUACUCACUUAAUCUCAGUAACUGUCUUGUUAUUGCACACUUUCACUCAUGGAUUAAAGUAAUGAUGACUGACUGUGAAUAGUGAAUUUGUGCAAUGGCAUUGGAAAGUGAAACUGUUGUGUUUGAAUGAUGCUGCAACCAUGCCUCUAGAUGUCAGUGCAAGUCCAAGACAAAAUAUUCAAAAAUAUACUGAGUGCACCUUUAUUGAAAUCCUCACAUUCAGUCAUUUCUGCAAUGUGUGUUUGCUGCUAUGCGUAGAUUGCAGUUUAGCCAAAGUGCUGUUUCAGAUUACUCAUUCUACUCUUGCAUUGCAGUGGUACCCUGAGCAUCAGAUAGGAGGAUGGGGAUCCUAAGUGUAAUUGAAUUCAUGAUUCUGUUUUAAAUACCUAUUUGUGUCUGAAUAUCCAUUCAAGACACUCUAGAAGUGUUUUUUAUUAAGUCCAGUGACAAAGAAGAGAAAAGUGUGUUAUUAUCAUAUUGAUACUGACUGUUACCCUGGAAAUGUCAGUAACCUGUGCCACAGUGAGCCAAUGCUUGGAUACUCUUUGUGUAGAGUUCAGUCAUUGGCUUUAUGUAGCUCACACCUCAGUAGAGUCUGCUGUACAUUGUACAUCUGUAAUCACCAAAUCAUUAUUAAACUCAUUUGUAUCCAC